AUGAAGCUUACUGGGACUAUCCUUAAACUGGAGUGCACUCAUGGCAGCACAGAGACUAAACUGUUAAACAACAUGAUGCUGGUUCCUCUACGAGCAAAUAAAACAGGUUCAGUAGUGUCAGCAUCCUCCUCAUCCCUGUCAGGGGCCGAUGGCGCGAAGACUCAAUGCUUCAUAUGUGCAGACAGAGCCACAGGUAAACAUUACGGUGCACCCAGUUGCGAUGGCUGCAAGGGCUUCUUCAGGAGGAGCAUUCGCAACAACCACACUUACAGCUGUAGGUUCGACAGGCAAUGCAUUGUGGACAAAGACAAGAGGAACCAGUGCCGCUAUUGCAGACUACGAAAGUGUUUCAAGGCCGGAAUGAGAAAGGAAGCUGUUCAGAAUGAGAGAGACUGCAUCAACAGCCAGAGAGCCAAGGAGCAGACAGUGGGCACUUUGUCCAUCAGUGUGCUGCUGCAGGCAGAGACCACUGUUCAGCAGUUCCCAGCACUUCUCUCUCCUAGGAGCCAUGACAUCACCACCAAGAAGACAGCAGGUGUGGGAGAGGUGUUCGAGUCCAUGAAGCAGCAACUCCUCCUGCUGGUGGAAUGGGCUAAACACAUCCCAGAGUUUUGUAGCCUUCCAAUAGAUGACAGGGUAACCCUUCUACGAACCCACUCUGCAGAACAUCUUAUCUUAGGGGUAGCAAGACGCUCACUGCCUUACAAUAAUGUCAUUCUUCUUGGUAAUGACUUUGUGAUUCCACCGAGAGGUGCAGAAGUAGAGAUAUCCAGAGUGGCAUUCAGAAUUCAAGAGGAGCUGGUCAAACCUCUCAGAGAGCUGGUCAUCACAGACAAAGAGUUUGCUUGCCUCCGGACGAUUGUCUUCUUUGCCCCAGACUGUUCGGGACUGAAGAGUCCUCAGGUGGUUCGACAUCUCCGUUUCCAGGCCCAUCUUCUCUUAGAAGAAGCAACAUGUGAGCAGCGAGGAAGGUUUGGGGAACUCCUGCUGAUCCUGCCUCCCCUGCAGAGUGUGGCCUGGCAGAUGGUUGAGACUCUUCACUUAGCACAGCUGCUUGGCGAGGCCAAAAUGGACAGCCUGCUGCAGGAAAUGUUACUAGGGGAGGGAACUGAAACGGGACAAGGAGUCUGUACAGGAAAUGACCCAACUCAAGACCAGCAGAAUGACCUGAAUGCUUCACCUGCAACCUUCCCAUCUGUGAUCUGUCAUGCUUCAAUGGCUCCUACAAGUGGCUUCCUUGCUGCCCACAUAGACUGGCACUGA